AAAAAAGCUGAAGCACUAGAGCUGUAGUUCUUUUUCGUGCGUAAACGGGAUAGGUUGUUCUUCCAAAUUCUUAGGAGUUGUGCUCCACUUUCAGGCUGAGGAGUUUAUUUGGAGAUAGUGUCCUGGGUGGAGUUUUCUUUGCCUCCGCAAGAGUCCCUGCGGUGCACGGAUUACAAUGCAAAGGAUUUUGGAGGUUUGGGUCACCUUGGUGACACUUUCCGCGCUGACCGAGGGGGUCUUUGCAGGAUACGGGCUGAGCAUGUUUGCUGCGCAGUCUUCUCCUCCGGACCCGUGCUAUGACGAGAACGGGAACCCGCGGAGAUGCAUCCCCGAUUUCGUCAACUCCGCUUUUGGGAAGGACGUGCGCGUUUCCAGCACCUGCGGCAACCCGGCCGCCAGGUACUGCGUGGUGACCGAGAAGGGAGAGGAGAGGACGAGGGACUGUCACACGUGCGACGCCGGGGAUCCCAAGAAGUCCCAUCCACCUGCGUAUUUGACAGACCUCAACAACCCUCACAACCUCACCUGCUGGCAGUCUGAAAACUACGUGCAGUAUCCGCAGAACGUCACGCUCACCUUGUCGCUGGGUAAAAAGUUCGAGGUCACCUAUGUGAGCCUGCAGUUCUGCUCACCGAGACCCGAGUCCAUGGCCAUCUACAAGUCCAUGGACUACGGCAAGUCAUGGGUGCCGUUUCAGUAUUACUCCACUCAGUGCAAGAAAAUGUACAACAGGCAGAACAAGGCAACGAUCACCAAGCAGAACGAGCAGGAGGCCAUCUGCACGGACUCCCACACGGACAUGCACCCUCUCACAGGUGGACUCAUCGCCUUCAGCACCCUGGACGGCAGACCGUCGGCGCACGACUUCGACAACUCCCCGGUGCUGCAGGACUGGGUGACGGCCACCGACAUCAAGGUGAUCUUCAGCCGGCUUCACACUUUCGGAGACGAGAACGAGGACGACUCGGAGCUGGCACGAGACUCCUACUUUUACGCCGUGUCGGACCUGCAGGUCGGGGGACGGUGCAAGUGCAACGGACACGCUUCGAAGUGCGUCAAGGACAGAGAAGGGAAUCUGGUUUGUGAGUGUAAACACAACACGGCGGGACCGGAGUGCGACAGGUGCAAACCUUUCCACUACGACCGACCCUGGCAGCGCGCCACGGCCAGAGAAGCCAACGAGUGUAUCGCCUGCCACUGUAACCUGCACGCCCGCCGCUGUCGCUUCAACAUGGAGCUGUACAAGCUGUCAGGCCGGAGGAGUGGCGGGGUCUGCCUCAACUGCCGUCACAACACAGCGGGACGCCACUGUCACUACUGCAAGGAGGGCUACUACAGGGACAUGACCAAGUCCAUCUCUCACCGGAGAGCUUGCAAAGCAUGUGACUGCCACCCCGUUGGAGCAGCAGGAAAGACGUGUAACCAGACAACGGGCCAAUGCCCCUGCAAGGACGGAGUGACAGGAAUCACCUGUAACCGCUGCGCCAAGGGCUACCAGCAGAGCCGCUCUCCCAUCGCUCCCUGCAUCAAGAUCCCAGUUGCAUCUCCUACAGCAACUUACACCAGCUACGAGGAGCCGUCAGAUUGUGAAUCUCACUGUAAAGCUUCCAAGGGAAAGAUGAAGAUCACCAUGAAGAAGUACUGUAAAAAAGACUACGCUGUCCAAGUGCACGUCCUGAAGGGAGACAAAGCCGGCGAGUGGUGGAAGUUCACCGUCAACAUCAUUUCCGUCUACAAACAAGGUGAGCACCGCAUCCGCCGCGGGGACCAGCUGCUGUGGGUGCGCGCGAAGGACGUGGCCUGCAAAUGCCCCAAGAUCAAGCCCGGGAGGAAGUACCUGCUCCUGGGCACGGACGACGACUCCCCCGGGCAGAGCGGCGUGGUGGCGGACAAGGGGAGCCUGCUCAUCCCCUGGAAGGACCUGUGGGGCCGCCGGCUGAGGAAGUUCCAGCAGCGCGACAAGAGGGGAAAGUGCUAAAAGUAGCGGGGAGAGAAUAAGAGAGAGAUUGAGGGGGAGGUGGAGGCAAAACAACACCUCUACUGGGACUGAAUGCGAGGAAGAGGAGAGGAUGGAUGGAUGAAUAAAAAUAAAUAAAUAAAUAAAUAAACUGGAAGAAUAAAAGAUAGAGAGACACAGGUGAAAAGUAGGAGAGAUGGGGGAACGACUGAGUGCUGCUGCUCUGAGUUGGAGCGAAGAGAUUAGUGUUUUUUGUUUGUUUUUCUUUUUAGGAACUUUUGUGAAGGAGCUCAUUCUACAGUUUUUCUGUUCGUCUUUCAAGGUUUGUUUUGUCGUGUAAUUGCAGAGUUUGCACCUAAUGUUACAGAUAUGUCACAUCCUGACUAUUUUACCCAUGAUGCUGUUGUUUUUUCUUUUGUUUUUUAAAAAGUCCCUUCAGUUGUUUUUAAAGAGCAAUGCAUCUACUGUAUCACCCCUUCUGUGUCUUCAGAGGAUCUAUGUCCAGUUCAAAAGGCUGCUCUUGCAACCUGCCAAACUUUGAAGAAACUUUUUUUCUCAACAGCUGGAAGCGAAAACAAAAAAAAAAAAAAAAAAAAGAAAUUGUGAAAUUGUGAAAUUGUUUAUAACUGCGGUGAGAGUGCCAUCCUGCCCGAGAGCUCCCUGCUCGUAUGUGAGUGUUACCUCAGUGUUGUGGGAACAAAACGCCAUAAUGAUCCUCUCCUCAUUCUGUAUAAUGAUCUCAGUACAUGCGAGUCUUUGUUUCGGCGCUUAUCGAUAUAUAUCCGCAGUUAUGUUGUGGUUGUGACCUCUGCAAUGUAAAGUAACCAUACGUGCAUACAUAGACAUUUAUUUUUUAGUAGACGGUGCCGUAGCAUCAGCUAGAUGUAGAGUAGACGUGUCAACCAUGCACUUAUUUUUACUAGUCAAACCCUUUAGAACAUAUGAGAUAUGUUCACGAUUAUUAUUAUUUUUAUUUUUUAUUUUUUAGAGUGGCAUCCAAAAAGAAAAGAAUCCCAUACUGAACCAUAUGAUGCAAAAAGCUGCCUCACUGAUGACUUGCUCUGUGUGGGCCGAUGUGUCUGAUUGACAGCGACAGUCCUGUUGAAAACGUGCAGAAGACAGUGUUGAUUCUCCAGGAGACGUGAGGCGGAUGUCACCGAACAUCUGCAAAGUGAGAGCGCUGAUUGAUUCUCACUUCGUUCAUUUAAAAAAACUAAGAAAAUUUAAAAAAAUAAAAUAGAAAGAAAGAAAAGAGAGAGAGAGAGAGAGAAUAUCGACCUAUCAAGCAAUCCUCAUACCACUGACAUACUGCAUGCUCACUAUUUACUGUAGCUGACUGAUAGCUAACAAUGAUUGUGAAUUAUGUACACAUUUAAUUUGUAUACAGUACUCAGUGUUGUGGGAAAAUAACCUGUGGAGUGAUGAGAUAUCACAGAUGUUUUAUUGUGCAGUGCGUUCAGCACGCCGCGUGUUCAAACGUCCGUCACCUCAACGCCACUUUUUGACGACUGGAUUCCAUUAUCAAGACUUGGUACUCGACAAAAAGGCAUGAGCGAUUGUCUACAUGUUAUAUAGCUGUAUAGUAUUACUUCUUCUUUUUUUUUUUUUUUGUUGUUGUUUUGUUAAACAUUAACUAGAUCUAUCUCCAUGUGAACUUAACCAGAGUUUUAAAUACUAGAGGCUUAAUAAAUGGAAAAGACAGUCUCACACACUGAGACUUUUGAGUUUACACAUACACAAAAAACAGACAGUACACUAACACGUAUGCAGGGCCACACCUAAUAAGACACACAGGUACACCUCAGUACUCUGUGCAUCAUAUACUGUAUGCAUUUGAAAAUUUACAACGUGCUAAUAAAGUCUCUGCCAACACAUCUGCACCGACGCAUUUCAACCUGUUUUGCAGCCGUUUGUAAUAAAAGGUACUCGCCACCAGACUCCCGCUCUCCAUAAAUAUUAUAUCUGAAUAAUUAUCUGCUCAUGUUUAUACAUUGGCUUGUAAAUGAUGUUUAGCAGUGUCCAUUGCAAAUGGUUGUGUAAUGUCUUGUAAUACUAAUAUAUUAUGUUUAUCACAAAUGAAUAUAUUUAAUGACACAUGAAACAAUGUGGCUUUUGUGGUUUUUAUUUUUGACCUUUUAUUUUUUACUUUUUGCAUUGAAUUGUAGAUGGCUGUAAUGAAAAGUAUUGAUACGUGUCUGGCUAUUGAACAGCCUGAUAGAACUGAAAAUUAAUUCAUCUGAA